UGCGGAGAUGGUACCGGCUGUCACUCUGAUGCUCCCCUUUGAAGACACACACAGCUUAGUAAGGGAGGGGCAGGGCCUGGUGCCAGCCCCCUUGGUUCUAACAGCUGCCAGCUGGAGACUGGAGGCUCUUCUGUGAAACUGCCCGAGGGUACAGUUUACUGAGCCUAGACCCUUACCCACCUUGCUCAGGGGUGGGACGUGGGGGCAGUUCGGUCAGACACUACUUUUCUCAAGGUAGCCCAGGAAUCAGGAAAAACAAAAACCGAAACUUUAGAUUUGCUUGGAACCCCCAGGAGGUCUUGAGGGGAGGAGAGAGAGAAAUCUCAGGGCAUGGCACACAAUGUUAGUCAGUGUUACCUUGGCACCUCACCUUGUGGAAUACAUGUGAAGUGGGGCAGCUUAGCAGAAAAGUGGAUGCUUAGCUGGUCUUGGACUUUGACUGCUGGCAAACCAGCUCUCUUCUAAAGCGCACCCAGCACACGCAUCAUCAGCACCGCCCCUUCCCAACCUCAGAGCUCUGAAGCUUGAGCUAACAAGACCUCCCACAAGAAGCCCAGGCUUGGCCAGUCAGUGUGUAGCAUCUCUGCCUCCCUCCCCCAGGUAGACUCUGCUGCGGACAGAGGCAAGCCCAAGGGUGGCGGCAGAAUGAAUGAAGAGAUUUCCAGCGAUUCUGAGAGCGAGAGCUUGGCUCCGAGGAAAACAGAGGAAGAGGAGGAGGAAGAGCUGGAAGAGACCGCACAGGAAAAGAAGCUACGCUUGGCCAAACUCUACCUUGAACAACUCAGGCAGCAAGAGGAGGAGAAGGCUGAAGCCCGUGCAUUCGAGGAGGAUCAGGUGGCCGGGCGCUUGAAGGAGGAUGUGCUGGAGCAGAGAGGCAGGUUGCAGAAGUCGGUGGCCAAGGAGAUCCAGGCCCCAGCUCCCACCGACAUUCGAGUUUUGCGGGGCCACCAGCUCUCCAUUACGUGCUUGGUCAUCACUCCUGAUGACCUGGCCAUCUUCUCCGCCGCCAAAGACUGCACCAUCAUCAAGUGGAGUGUAGAGACUGGGCGGAAGCUGCAUGUGAUCCCUCGAGCCAAGAAGGGUGCUCAGGGCCAGCCCGCAGGCCACAGCAGCCACGUCCUCUGCAUGGCCAUCUCCUCUGAUGGCAAGUACCUCGCCUCUGGCGACCGCAGCAAGCUCAUUCUAAUUUGGGAGGCCCAGAGCUGCCAGCACCUGUACACCUUCACGGGACACCGGGACGCUGUGUCGGGACUAGCCUUCCGAAAAGGUACCCACCAGCUCUACAGCACUUCCCAUGACCGCUCCGUGAAGGUGUGGAAUGCAGCUGAGAACUCCUAUGUGGAGACGCUGUUCGGGCACCAGGAUGCUGUGGCUGCAUUGGACGCCCUGAGCCGAGAGUGCUGUGUGACAGCCGGGGGCCGGGAUGGGACCGUGCGUGUGUGGAAGAUCCCCGAGGAGUCCCAGCUUGUCUUCUAUGGCCACCAGGGUUCCAUUGACUGUAUCCAUCUCAUCAACGAGGAGCACAUGGUGUCGGGCGCGGAUGAUGGCUCUGUGGCCUUGUGGGGCCUCUCCAAGAAACGGCCACUCGCCCUCCAGCGCGAAGCUCAUGGGCUUCACGGGGAGCCAGGCCUGGAGCAACCUUUCUGGGUGUCAUCCGUAGCCGCCCUGCUCAAUACAGACCUGGUGGCCACAGGCUCCCAUAAUGCCCGGGUGCGACUUUGGCAGUGUGGAGAGGGCUUCCGGCAGCUUGACCCUCUCUGUGACAUCCCCCUGGUUGGUUUUAUCAACAGCCUCAAGUUCUCCAGUGCUGGGGACUUCUUGGUGGCUGGCGUGGGACAGGAGCACAGGCUUGGCCGGUGGUGGAGGAUCAAAGAGGCCCGGAACUCAGUCUGCAUCAUCCCACUCCGCAGGCUCCCUGUGUCCCCUGUUGCCGGCUCCUGACACUCUCCCUUAUUUAAGUGAUUUCCAGGCCCUUGCCCUCUUUUGUAUUAAAGCCUCCUAUUUUAGACCUUGUU